UUGGAGGUCAUCUAGUCCAGUAACCUGCUAACGCAGGAGACCUGUACUAGGGAUUCGAACGGACGAACUGCCGACCGGGAAAAGGAGAUCCCCUGCUGCUAGGGCGGGACAGCUCUCCCAACGAACGUCCAUGCGAAUUCGACGGAUGUUUGUUUAUUUGGCGGGCGGUAGGUGGGACUUCCGUUCCCUUUCACAGGAAGUCUCGAGGCAUCGCUGCAAAAGCUUUACCAGCUCCCGUCGCGAUGAUUGGACAAGUCGACCUUUUAGACCCCCCUCGAUGUGACGUCCUCCGGCGGGGCCUGUCGGGAGUUGUAGUUUUCCGGCUGGAGCACGUGCCCCCAAGGAUAAGCAUGAACGGGAAGCCGAAGCGGCGGCCGGCCCUGCCGGGAUCGGCCGCGAAGAAGCGCGUGAAGCGGCAGAUUUGCGUGGAGUUCUCUGCCGCCCUGAAGGAGCCGGCCUUGAAGGAGAAAGUGGCCGCAGCUUGGGCCAGCCAGGAGCCGCUUCAGCAUGAGGCAGUCACUCUGGAUCCUGGGCCUUUCCCCCACUGUGUUAUUCCAGGUUUCAUUCCCAACGAGGACUUCCUGGAGAAGCUGCAGAGGGAACUCCUGAGCCUAGAUUUCCACGAAAAGUGUAAUGAUCUGUACAAGUUCAAACAGUCAGAUGACCUAAAGAAGAGAGGAGGGCCCCACGUAGCAGCAUUAAGAAAAAUUCUUUUUGAAGAAUUCCGGUCUUGGCUUUCUGACGUGAUCCAGGUAGAGCUGGAACCAACCAUUGAUCUGUCUUGUGCUAAAUAUGAAUAUACAGAUACCCUGCUGUGUCAUGAUGAUGAGCUGGAGGGGCGGCGAAUCGCAUUCAUCCUUUAUCUUGUACCCCCUUGGCAUAAGCACGAUGGGGGCACUUUGGAUCUCUUCUGUACAGAUGAUCAUUUCCAGCCUUUGCAGAUUGUCAAGUCUUUGGUCCCUUCCUGGAACUCGCUGGCUUUCUUUGAAGUAUCACCAGUCUCCUUCCACCAGGUGUCUGAAGUCGUUUCCAGAGAGAAAUGCCGCCUGUCGGUGAGCGGCUGGUUUCACGGCCCCUCGGUUGCGAGGCCGCCACGUCAUAUCGAGCCACGGAUUCCACGAAGCCCCCAUAUCCCCCGUGAUCACGAAAUCUUGUAUGAUUGGAUCAAUCCAGUUUAUUUGGACAUGGAUUCCCAAGCUCAGAUCCAGGAGGAAUUUGAAGAUCGAUCUGAGAUCUUGCUGAAAGACUUUCUCAAGAGAGACAAGUAUGAGCUGGUUUGCAAAGCUCUGGAGAUGGAAGGACUCACCUGGAGCAGCAGAGGGCCUCCCAACAAAAGGCAUUACGAGAAAGCAGAGGAGAAAAGCUUGCCAGCCACUUUAAGAGAGUGCUUGGAGCUCUUGCGGUCCGAGGCCUUGUUCUUGCUCCUUUCCAAUUUCACGGGCCUGAAACUGCAUUUUCUAGCCCCAGAGGAGGAAGAGGAAGGAGGGGGAGAGACUUCUGAAAGCUCACAAGGACCCAGCAGUCAAGAGGAAGCUGGCAAUGUCGACUGUACGGAGGCACCAGGGAGCAUCCCCGAAAAUGAGGAAAACCAAGAGAAUGGCGUCCCACUUUGCGCUGGAGAACUGAGACGCUGGAGGAAAGGAUGCUACACACUGAUCCACGAUGCCGAAAGGGCAGAGUUCGCCCUGGAUCUGCUGCUCUUCUGUGGGGGAGAAGAUUGGGACGUCGAAUCGGGAGGCUUCACUUCCUACAUUGCAAAAGGUGAAGAUGAAGAGAUGUCCAGCCUUGGGAAGCAGCUCACGGCUCCUUCUUAAAAGGCUAGAAAACCGCUUUACCUGUAUGUGACAGCUCUGCAUGCCACUUGAAAAGCAGGAUAUCUUGGUGACCUUGGCCUCAUUAUCAUGCAAGGGGAUAGUGAAGUAAUAAAAGGAAUCUCGGUGCCCAGAAGGGUGUUGGAUCGGGGAAACUAUGCAAAAUUGGAGCAGAGGGUGAAACAAUCUUAACUAUUCUACAGCAGGGGUAUCAAACUCGGUUUCAUGGAGGGGCGCAUAAGGGUUGGAUUUGACCUCAGGAGGCGGGUGUGGUUGUGGCCAACUCAUCACUCGUAUUCGUGGCAUCUGUGGUGGCCAAGUGGUAAGGCAGGACUUCCUUCAGACCGUCCCUCACUGUUGUUAUCUCCUUCCUUCUUUUUCCUUCACUCUUCAUUCUCCUGUUGUUUUUAGUUUGGUUUGCUAUCCCUUUGCCAGCGAAAACAGAACUCGGGGGAUGGAUGCAUGCAGGGGUCCCAGGCUCCGUUUUCGGCCACACCAGUGUCCUGCAACCCUUUGCCAGCGAAAAUGGAGCUGGGGGUGGGGGGCA